CUGAGUGGCUGUUCGGACAUGUCUGGUGGCUCUGCGGACUAUAACAGAGAACAUGGCGGCCCAGAGGGAAUGGACCCCGAUGGUGUCAUCGAGAGCAACUGGAAUGAGAUUGUUGAUAACUUUGAUGAUAUGAAUUUAAAGGAGUCUCUUCUUCGGGGCAUCUAUGCUUACGGGUUUGAGAAGCCUUCAGCUAUUCAGCAAAGAGCUAUUAUUCCUUGCAUUAAGAUCCAAAAGGUCAUUCUGGCACUUGGAGACUAUAUGGGAGCAACCUGUCAUGCCUGCAUUGGUGGAACAAAUGUUAGGAAUGAAAUGCAAAAAUUGCAGGCAGAAGCACCACAUAUCGUUGUUGGUACACCAGGAAGAGUAUUUGAUAUGUUAAACAGAAGAUGCCUUUCUCCAAAAUGGAUCAAAAUGUUCGUUUUGGAUGAAGCAGAUGAAAUGUUGAGCCGAGGGUUUAAGGAUCAAAUCUAUGAGAUUUUUCACAAACUAAAUACCAGUAUUCAGGUUGUGUUGCUUUCUGCCACGAUGCCAACUGAUGUGUUAGAAGUGACCAAAAAAUUCAUGAGAGAUCCAAUUCGAAUUCUGGUUAAGAAGGAAGAAUUGACCCUUGAAGGAAUCAAACAGUUCUAUAUUAACGUUGAAAGAGAGGAAUGGAAGUUGGAUACACUUUGUGACUUGUAUGAAACACUGACCAUUACGCAGGCUGUUAUUUUUCUCAAUACAAGGCGCAAAGUGGACUGGCUCACUGAGAAAAUGCAUGCCAGGGACUUCACAGUUUCUGCUCUGCAUGGUGACAUGGACCAGAAGGAAAGAGAUGUCAUCAUGAGAGAAUUCCAAUCAGGAUCAAGCCGUGUUCUGAUCACUACUGACUUGUUGGCUCGUGGGAUUGAUGUACAACAAGUGUCUUUGGUUAUAAACUACGAUCUACCUACCAAUCGUGAAAACUAUAUUCACAGGACGAGUCGAAUUGGCAGAGGGGGUCGAUUUGGGAGGAAAGGUGUGGCUAUAAACUUUGUUACUGAAGAAGACAAGAGGAUUCUUCGUGACAUUGAGACUUUCUACAAUACUACAGUGGAGGAAAUGCCCAUGAAUGUGGCUGACCUUAUUUAAUUCCUGGGAUGAGAUAGUUUGAAUGCAGUGCUCGCUGUUGCUGAAUAGGCGAUCACAACGUGCAUUGUGCUUCUUUCUUUGGGAAUAUUUGAAUCUUGUCUCAAUGCUCAUAACGGAUCAGAAAUACAGAUUUUGAUAGCAAAGCGACAUUAGUCGUGAGCUCUUGUGAGGAAAGCCAUUGGCUUAUUCCUCUUUAGAGUUAGAUUGUUGGGGUGGGUAUAAAAGAUGGGGUCUGUAAAAUCUUUCUUUCUUAGACAUUUAUUUCCUAGUUCUGUAGAAAUGGUUGUAUUAGAUGUUCUCUAUCAUUUAAUAAUAUACUUGUGGACUAAAAGGUGUAAGUGCUGUAUAAAAUCAGCCAAUUAUGUUAAACGAGCAUAUCUGCCUUUAUUGUGUUUGUCAUUAGCCUGAAUAGAAAGGCCUUUAAAAUUGAUUUUUUUUUAAAGAAAGCAUUUGAAUGCGUUUUGUUUGGUAUUGUAUUUAUUC